AUGGAGGGGCACGGUAUUCCGCUUGGCACUCUUAAGGAGUGUCUGCAGUUCUUGAUGUGGUUAAAUAGUGAUAGUGGUAUGCAGGAUAAGGUGGCCCAAAAUCUGGAAAAACGUAUUGAUAAGUAUUUUAAACCGCCCAAAUUCACAUUAAAUAACGUUAAAUCCGCACUGUCCAAAUUCCUUGAGAACGCGUCUGGGUUUUAUACGAGGCUAUGCUACAAUGCGCAGCCUUGGUCACAUAGAGGGGAAAGGCCGGACCAAAUAUGCAACGCUCUCCUAGAGUGUACGCCCAAGUUCCUCACCGUUAUGUACUUUUUGUGGUACAAUGUGGAUCCGAGUUUCUCACAACUUCAUGGCGGUGGUUGGAAACAGAACUGGACUGGGGCAUUAACGGGGAGUUACUGGCACAAAAAUAGCGGCGGUGAUCUCGACCAAUAUCUCUUCGCGAAAUCCGGCGACUCAAAGCACGGCGUCAUCCCAGGUGGGUUCACGUCUGACGAUGAGGUGAUAUAUAACGCAAAUGUGUGGGACCGUGGCUAUCCCCAAGGUUAUAGCAUGGCUAGGGACCUUGAUAAGAUUGUGAGCAAAGAGUUCUACAAUUUUUUCCGCAGCGUAUUUGUCACGUCCGUUAUCGCAGAUUCAGCGAAACGUAGAGAGAACGCCGCGAACGCUAUCGUAUUGAUGAGAACGUUCUGCGAUAUUGUCUUAGAGGAGGCAAAGAAAAGUAAUAACGGCGGCACAUUAAUACAUGAAUUGAAUGAAGGCUUACGCCAACAAGUGAGAUCAAACAAUAACUUCAUAUGCUGGGCCGACCUAAAAACGCAUUGCAUUCAGCUUAGAGAAAAACUCCACAAACUCUUCAACACUAAGAAACGCUUCGACUUCACCGGACAGGUGACGGGUACGGGAGACCUUAAUAAGACAGCGCUUGCGCAGAAAACAGCGGAUUGGUUGAGAACGAAUCUGGUCAAUGUGCGAGGGAAAUUGAGGGAUAUUCAGCAACACAAGGACGGACAGCAUCUUGGAGAUUAUUUUACUAAAAAUCUUUUCCCCUACGGAUUCACAUUUAGUGGAGACUAUCGCUCUAUAAAGUCGAGAGCAGAUGUGCAGGCUUUGAUGAAAGAUUUGUCCACUGUUAGCAAACAGCUUCAGGAAAAUCAACGCGAUUUGGAUAGGCUUGUGGAGAUUUUGGAAGGUAAAGUAAGAGAUUCAUGUCCAGAAGAUGAUAGCAAGAAAGCGGAGGGAGCACAGAACCAAGGCAAGAAAGCGGAUGGAACUCCAAAUCAGAGUAGAGAUGCGUCUGCAACUUCACCAGUUGUCAACUCUGUUGUUCUACCUCAGCCUUCCGGUGAUACAGGAGCUCCAGGCCCGCCAGGGCCUCCUGGUCCAGUGACUUCGGUGCCUUCUUCGACUCGAGUUCGAACAGAUCAACAAGUUGUUCAAGUUCAACACUCUGCUCCAGGCCCGGAAGCGUCUCCCCCUUCACCAUCUCCCCCCAGUGCUCCUGGAGGCGCUGGUAAGCCAGAUGUCCCAAGUGCGGGUUUACCGUCUGUUGUUCCUCCAGCUCCACAGCCUAUUCUCCUUCCAGUCACUGUGGUUACUCAGUCUCCGAGUGUUUCAGGGUCAGGCGCUGGGUCAGCUGGUGGUCGGGGGGCUGGGUCACAAGGUGGUGGAGCUAGGCAAGAUGUUGGUCAAGAUGUAAGCAGUGUCACUACUUUGCCGGCUGCCCCGGCGUCUGAUCCAGGUAGCGGUGGAGGACCAAGCAGUGGAAGUGGAGGGAUGUCUCCACAGGAUCCGUCUAAUAAUAUUAAUAACUGUGAUGGUGUAUCGAUGUUUAUGAAUGGCAAGUCAGUGUGUUAUUCUAAGCCUAAGAUGCCUUAUCGUCCUCUGUCUGACGACCUGCUUACAAAACUUAAUGAUAUAGGUCCGCGGAACUAUUCACCGAAGGCCCCUAAAAAAAGGAUUACUUCCCCAGCGCCGAGUCCUCGCAGGCUUCCAACUCAGCCCAGCCGUACUGAUCCCGUUCCUGCCCGUCAGCCUACCGGUGUUCAUAAUCGCCCUGUGAAGCCUUACUAUGAUCCGGGAUAUGGGAGGGGCAGGCAGGGGGGGAUGGAUGUGACGGAUCUGCCGCCUGACGAAUUUUGGGGGUUUGCCGUUCCAGAUAUGUCCGAUGAAAAACAAGAGCAAAUAAGAAAAAAGUUUGAAGCCGAUAAAAACCGUAUAAAAUGGAUCAGACGAGCGGAGGAGCAGAAAUUUCUACAAAAACAGCAAGAAGAAUGGACAAAAGAAGUUGAGACAUUAGAAAAAGCAGGUGAAGAAUGGAAAAAACGACAGGCAGAAGGAGACCGCCUAAAAAAGUCCGAUGACUAUGCAAUACGGCAGCAGGAGAAACGGAGGGAAGCCGUAACAAAAAUUUCAAACUUGAUAAAAACAGUAGAUCAGCGCCGAAAGCAAGAGGAAGAACUUCAGAAAUUGGAAGAAGAGAAACUCAUGGCGCAAUUGAGAGAGGCAGAAGAGCGUAGGAGACAAGAGGAAGAAAAUGAGCGCAAAAAACUUAGUGAAAUUAGAUCGCAGCAUCCGAUUGUCCCGGUCAGCGAUGCGUACCACCAUUACCAGAAUGAAUACUUUAAAAUUCCGACGCACACGCCGAUAGGGUUUUCCCCUUUUGGCGAGGAUGAAAUGCCCAGAUUGGAAGGGUUUAAUGCCAUCCCCCAAGCUCCGUUGGGCGGAGAAGAUGUGGACUAUCUGGUGGGACAAGUAGUACAGGAUAAUUCUGCAAUUGAGCGACAAGACAAGACGCUUAUGGAAAUUCACGAUGCCGAACGCAAAAUAUAUUCCGACAAUGCGGAACGUGAGCGUGAAUUUCAGAAGCUGAAACUGAUAUCAAAGUACGUGGAUGAAGAGCGAAAGAGAGAUAUGGAGGCCGCACAAAAGGAGGCGCAACAUGUAAAAUUCUUGGAAGGUGUUCAGAACGAUGUCAUACUCCGUGGUGAAAUUACAGAUUUCCCCUUCACUGGUGAAGCAGUUCCAGACACUACGGAUAUUUUGAGAGAGGGUGAGAGGAAACUCAAAGCUCAGAGUGAUUUGGCAAAAAUGUAUGCGGAGCAGAAACAGAGAGAGUAUGACAGAGAACUCAGCAAAUACUUCGAUAAGGUAAUGAAAGGCAGAGACGCCUAUCAGCCGGAAGGUAUAACAGUUGAUGCUACGCCCAUAUCGUCACUGAUCCGCCAAAGUUCCGACCAUUUGGACGUGGAUGUAUACGUUCCCAAACUUGCACCUCAGGACCCUUCAUACGACUUAAACAUAGAGUAUGAUUCUCCACUUCCCCCAGCCGCAGAGCCACUUGAGCUCAUCGGCCCAUCCACCACCGCCAUUGCUCUCAACUUCCCGCCAAUCGAGGCUUUGCCGAAACUCCCGGAUAGUGUUCCGGCCAAGUAUAUUCACACUCCUGAUGCAGUAAAAAUGUGCGUCGCUCCCUGGAUGAAUCAGCAACCGACUGACAACUCUACCGAUAUCCCCGAGACGGAGCUGUUCCCCGCCGAGGCUCCGCGUACAGUCAGGGAGAUGCUCACUUGGCUGGCGGGACUGCAACACACGAAGCAUGAAGAGACUCUGCAGAAGUGUAUUGAGAAAGCAUUUAAGCGCGGAGAUGAUGACCCUUCAGAUCUUCGACUCCCAGUCAACGAUUCUAGUAUCACCGCCGAUAAUGUCAUCGACACCAUUAAACUUGCCGCCGUGUUCGCAGCGUCAGUAUUAUCCGCCGUUGCGCCUGAAUGGAAAGACAACGUCGCAUUAUCUGCGACAUUAAAACCCAAGGGCUCCGACCAAUCCAAGGACCCUGAUUGCUGCGCUCUCCUCUGCCAGCUGCGGGACUACGCCUACGCCUGCUGCCACCAGUUGGAGUUCCUUAAGUCGCAGUGUUCUCGGGAUAGCAAACAAGGUGGUUGGCAGGAGUGCCACUACGGCCGUGAUGUAACCUCCAACUCCCCCCUCCAGGCCUUCCUGACUGACGCCUCCACAUCCAAGUUCGAGACGCACCCCUUCGACCCGUGCAACAUAUGCCUCAAGAGCCGUGUUAGGAUGGGAUUCGGGGAUAAUGAUUUGCCUAGAUCUCACGAAACUGGAAAGUGUAUUUCCACCAUCCUCACUCCCACUUGCGGCGGCGAGGAUCCCCUGCUGACGCUGUCCUCUUACCUCACCUGCCUCACCAGGCGGACGCCGCGUACCACGGGGGAGCUUGUAUCCUUCUUCCACAAUUUCGGGAAUGAGCUUCAUGAUGUGUCUCUCAAGUUGUCUCCACUGGGCUCCGCCCUCUCCGAGCCACAUCGACACUGCCCCGACUGGGACUGCCUUGGUGACGCCGACCUCCAUGCCGUCCAGGGCAUCCGAGGCCCCGCCCCUCCCACCGCCAACCACACCCACGACCAUCCCAAGACCCUGUCCGCACUAGUGGGUUGCGACAUCGAUAAGUCCAACUGCCCACAGCAUAUGAAGCCCAUCACCUACCGGGCCUACGCCCUGUACUCUCACGCCUUCGUCCACCACUAUCUCAGCUGGACGGUGUACCUACCAGACAGACUGUGGGACUCGCUGAUCAAGCUGCACGGUGAUCUCGAGGACCUUCAAUGCCCCGGCUCCAAGUGCGCAUCACUCCACCAGUGUGACAAGGCCAUGCCCCUCCUCUACCAGCACGGCAUAAUACCGUCCGAGGGCACAUCAAAGCCGUCACUCACGUGCUCCGGGCUCAUCUACAAGCUGGAGGAAGUGGUCAAGGGAAAGCCUAUUGCAAGUCUUAUGACCUGUAUGGAUACCUUCCUCUACGACAUCCGGAUGCCUUUCCUCUUCACUGUGUUUACGCUCUGGUCUGUCGCUAUUUUCUUCCUAGUCACCUACACUAUGAUAUACCGCAUGGACGUGUUGCGCUUCCGCUCCCACCUCCUCACCACCAGGGCCUCGCACCUCAUCGACGUCAAGGCUUUACUCGCCGGCAGCCGCAGGAUGCUCUCACUCUACAAGGACGUAGACUACUUCGACGAUGACCCUUUAGAGGUACUGGACAUCAGAUAA